AAUGCUGUAGCUUCUUUGACAUGUCUCUGUACAGUUCGUAGAAGGCACGAAAGUUCCCAAAUGCCAUCCCAAAAACCUUACGUAACGGUGAAAAUUAACCCCUAAAAUGCAAAAGUGCACUAAUUUCAAACCGCACAAAUGGGCCAACCACCACCGCCACUUGAGGCCAUCGCUAGCGUGGCCGCGUGUCGCGGUGAAUGGCGAAAAAUCGCAGAGAAAACAUGCUUAACAAUAAAAAAAGAAGAAAACCAGCUAACGCUGGCUGAUUGAUAUAACGAGGAACGGCGGCGUAAGAGACAAAAAUUAUAACUUAGUGUAGAGAAAAAAUCGCUGCUUGCGAAGAAAAUUGUGGUGGCGAAUUCCAGGCGAUUCGAUGAGGAUGAGCAACAUAAACAUAAACACAGUGCCCAGGCCGAACCCAAAUGCCAAUGGGAAUCCAGAUUCAGCUCGCAAUCCGCACCCCAAUCCCAAUCGUAGUGUGGACUCCGAGGAGGAGGAGGAGGAGGAGGGCGAUGGCCGGAUGAGCUCGCAAAGUGGGAGCAGCACGGCCAGCAGCCAAGGGAGCAGCAGCUCAUCGGACUCCGAAUCCUCCAGCGGUGGUUCGCCGGACGAGGAGGACCCCGAUGGCGAGGACGAGGACAUGUCCGACCAGGAUGCGGCCAGUGGCUCGGAGACGGAGGACGACACCACCACCUGUCGCUCGGACGAACUGGAGCUGGCGCAGCUAAAUGGAAAGCAAGUCUUCCGGUUGCCGCGGGGCCUGUGCGAAAGUUCGGCCAUCUUCCAUGAGUUCUUCUCGCUGGACACCUGGCAGCUGUUGCCCCCUCAUCUGCAGGCCCGUCUACAGCCCCUGCUGCCGGACUUCUCGGGUCUGGUCUCGGGACAGGCUCAGGCGAGCGCCGAGCAGCAGCGCACCCUGGUGCAGCUCUUCAAUGGUGGCCUCCAGCGCUUUGGACAGUCGCCGCUGCUGCAACUCCAACGACAGCUGGAGGUGGGCAACCUGCGGCCGGAUGUCCUGCAGCUCCGCCGCAGCAUACAGCACUCGGGCAGAAGGGAGUUCCGUUUCCAGCAGGCCGAACGCCUCAGCCAGCUGGCCAAGGAGCUCUUUCUGUCCAGGGAACAACUCCUGCAGCACGCCUACUCCUCUGCCCCGCCCGCCGAGGGCACCUUUGGCAAAUACCUGCCCAACCCACGGCCCCGCAAAAGGAAGCCACCCGCCCUCUCCAUGGAGAAUCGAUUUUGCACGCAACGAGCCAAGAAACGCUACGCACAGGAGCUGCUCGAGCUCAUGGGCGAGCUGGAUGCCAAGCCCGGGGACAUCAGUGCCGAGGAGGACGAAGAGGACGAGGAGUGCGCCCAGUUGAUGGACCGCCUGGCCAAGGCACCGCGGGAAUUCAAGCUGGAGGAGCCAAAGGCUCCGGAGCCGGUUGGCCCUGGCCGACCAUCGAAUGCGGCGGACAAGAAAUGCAUUUACAACACCUUCUUCAAGCGGCGACCGGGCGUGGACGAUGACCAGGUGCUGCGCUCCAUGCAGACGGAGCGGAUACCCCAGCUCAACGACAUGAACUUCCGAAAGUAUUUGCGGGACUACAAGCGACGGAAAUUGGAACAACCUGAAAGUCCCGAGUUCGACACUUCGGAGGUGCGUCUGCGAGACAUCUGUACUCGUGCCCAGUUUGUUGGAAGCUUCAAGCCAGGUCGGAAACCCAAAGCGCUCAUGGCACGCCUCAAUCCGGAUCCACCUGCCCUUGUGCCCAUCGGAGGGGCGGCAGCGAAGGGCGAGCUUGCGGAUGAGGAGCCCAUGCUGAUGGACGAGCCGCAGCAGCUGUACGGCCGUCGGGCGCCGGAGGAUCAGCCGGAGGAGCAACUGCCAGCCAAGGAUCAGCCUGUGCUUAUGCCAAAGAAAGUAAUUCCCGCACCAGUUGUUCUUCCCCAUCCGGUACCCAAGCUGGAGCCUUUCAACGGACCCAUAGCCAACUCAAAGGCGAGUCCCACGCUUACGACCAAUCCAUCGAGCAAACCCGCGGCUGUUGCUCCUGCAGCCACUGGCCAUAUCACCGGCAGUCCCACCCGCGAACUGCCGAUUCGUCCGCCAGCCUCACCUCGCCCCGCCUCCUUCUUCUCGCUGUUGAGGGAUCUGUUUGUGUCCACGCCGCAGCAUCGGCUCACCUACGGAGAACUGCAAAUCCUGCUGGCCAGCUGGCGGGAAACCAACUCGGAUGCCUCGAUACCCACCGGGGAGUGGCCCAGAUUCGUGCCGGAUUGGUCCAAAUUGCUUCAGUCGGCUAUUAGCUUCAUAUCGGGUGAUUCUGGAUCCGUUCCGGCGGACUAUGUUCCCUAUAUUGAGCACAAAACUCAGUUGGGAAUCUACCAAUGGAUAGGCGCUGGCCGGGAUUCCGAUGCGCGACUCCUCAGCCUGUGUCAGUGUUGGCUGCGAACCCAAAGGGAGGAGCAGUCGCAACUUAGUCCUCUCAUGAACUCGAAUGCUCAUCUGAACGCUUUGGUGGAUGCUUCGCCCACGCCUCCGCCCAGAUGCCCCACCACCUGGACCGUGCGCUCAGCCAGCCAGGCGGAGAUCCUGGAGUUCCAGCGUCAGGAGCGGAUACGCUUCGAGUAUCCGCAUCGACCUUUCACCUAUCGCCUCAAUGGGUACGAGAGUGUGGUGGGUCCAGUCAAAGGAAUCUAUACCCAAAGUCUGCCACUGAACAAAGCCAGGGGUCAUGCCGUCAUGGUGGACGACCGGCCGCCGUUCGUGACCAUCCUGACGCUGGUGCGAGAUGCCACCGCCCGGCUGCCUAACGGAGAGGGAACCCGCUCGGAGAUCUCGGAGUUGCUCAAGUGCUCCCAAUACGUCAGCUCACAGGCCGCGGAUAAUGUGCUGCAGACCAUCGUGAGUGGAGCGUUGGAUCGGAUGCACGGUGGCCAGGAUCCUUGCGUGAAGUACGAUGCCAGGCGCAAGAUCUGGAUAUACUUGCAUCGCAAUCGCAGUGAGGCGGAAUUCGAGAAGAUGCAUCGACAUAACCAGUCGUUGGUGAAGCAGAAGCAGCAGCAGAGGAAGCAGCUAAACAGGCCAAAGGUCCCUGAUGGCAUUGAGAGCUCCGGAAUGGCCGUGGAGCACCAACAGGAGCAACCACCCGCCCUGGUGCCCGCAGUGGUUUCGCCAAUUCCCGCUGCGGUGCAACUGCCAGUGGGUGCUUCUCUGCAGGUGAAGAAACCACUCACGGUUAAAUGCCCGCCAGUGCCGCCGCUAAAGUAUCAUUUACCGCCUGGAACGCCCAGCACGGGAACAGUGGUGACAGCCUCCUCCUCCUCCAAUCUUAAUCCGAAUCAAAUCCAACUACAGCAGGUACAGAAAUCUCUGCUCAAGCCCGUGAGCAUGUCCAAUCCAGCUCCAUCGCCCGUUCAACGACAGUUGGUCACUCCGAAACCUGGCAGCUUUGCGAUCUCCAAGAUCAGUCCUACGCGGAAUACUACGCCCAUACUGGUGUCCACUCCCAGCGGCCUGCAGACCGUACAUGUAGCCACGAAUCCGACUCAAGCGGCAGGAGCCGCUGCGCAAGCAGUGACCAAGAAGCUGACCAUCAAGAAGCCCGCUCCCAGCAACAAGAUAGGGAACUUUAUCAUUCCCCUGGAGCAACAGCAGCAGCAUGUGCAGCAGCAUGUGCAGCAGCCGCAGCAGCAGCAUGUGCAGCAGCAGCAGCAACAGGGUCAACAUGUGAAGGUGCAACCGAUAGCUGGAAAACCCAAAGCACUCACCAUCACCCCGCGUCCCCAGAUGCCGAAGAACAUUAUCCGACUGCUGCCUGCUGGGGGAUCCACAAUAACCGCCAAUCCGGCAACGAGUCCCAAGCCCGCCUCUGUACAAAUCCUUGGACCCCGCGUUGUGCCGCAAUCCCAGACCGUGCGACCUGUUCAGCAGAAGAUCGGUGCUGUGUCGAUUGUGGCCAGCAAACCACCGGCGACUAGUAUUUCCGUCACGGAAACUUCAAAUCCCGUGACCAUCACCGCCAGUUCGCCUGUUACGGGGGGCGGAACCAUCGUGAAGAUGUCGCCGCAGGCAUUCGCCAGUCUCCAGCAGCAGCAGCAACAGUUGAAACAGAAGGUGAACAGUACUAGUCCUGCCCUGAACUCACCGCAGCAAAGGAUUAUUGUCGGCAACACGGCCAUUUCCUCGAACAAGAAGAUCGUAUUCCAGUCGCUGGCGAAAGCAGCUCCAAAAAUACUCACCACAUCGCCGAGCGGCGCGGUGGCCAAGGCAACCACGAAUUUGUCGCCGCAGCAGCAGAGGAUCGUGCUGCAGAACUUCAAGCAACCGGUGAUGGCCACCAACCAGGCUGGAACACUAACCGCUCUGGGAGGAAAUGCAACGCGUGUGAUUCGAGCAACUCCAGCGACAGCUGUGGCAUCUGGCGGCGUAGUGGGAGUGGGGAACUCCCCUCAAGCUGGUGGUCAAAUCAUCACUCUGGAUAGUCUGCUCCAAAAGCAGUCGGCUGGGGGAAAACUUAUCGCCAACUCUGGCAACAAUAUCUUUCAGUUGGCCACAUCGUCGUCGGGGAAUGUGAUUACCCUGAAUCCCAACCAGACGACCAAGCAGUUGCCCACCAUGGCACGUGUUGUGAAUGCGACCAGCACGACCACUACAGCUGGUGGCACGUCGACCACCAUGGUUCCAAAGAUCAUUGGCAAGACGACGGUGCUGCCGGGAAAACCACUGCUUCUGCACGCCAAGACCUUGAAACAGCUGGGCGCCAGUACUGUGGCCACAACCACCACAACGACAACCACGGCGGUGACAGGAGGAGGAGGAGCAGUGGUCACCGGCUCUGGAGUUGUGAACUCGGCCGUGCGAACGACUCAGAACAUUGUGAUUGGCGGUCAGACUGUAAAGGUGCAGGGAGCGAUUUCCGCUCGGGGUACCGGCGCACCUGUACAGACCGUCAUUAUGGGCAACCAGCUCCUCCGGCUGGCCACCAGCAGUAGCAACAGUGGGACCACCACCUCUGGCGGAUUGGCGACGACGCCCAAGACGCUGCUAAUCGGUGCGGGAGGCACCCAAACACUGCGCCUGGCGAAGAACAUGCUGGUGGCCAACAAGCAGAUCGGCAGUAACGCCAACAGUAGCAUCGUGAGCACCACCGCGACAGCAUCCCCAGUGGCGACUGCGACGGCUGGGAACAAUCUCGUGUUCGCCGUGCAAGGAAACGGCGGGCAGCUCUUCUUCUCGCCGGGAUUGCAGGGCAUGAACCUGAAGCCGCUGUCCAGCCUAAAAGUGAUACCCAUGGCCUCGGCGGCGGCGGCAGCGGCAGCUGGUGCAUCAUCGGCGGCAGGCGGGAAAAUCUCCGUCACGACGGUGGCCGGAGAGGCAGGUGGAGGCAAAGCGCUGACCACCAAACUGAUCCCCGCCACGGUUCUCAAGACGGCCACCGGCAGCGGCAACUAGGAGGCUCAGGAGCGGAGAGGCUUGUUAACCACGUUUUUUACCCUUCCUUGGUUCAACUUUCUUCGAUUUUGUUUUAACAGCUCGUGUAAUUUAUCUAUGUAGGCAGAAAGUUUGCAAAUAUUGCUUCGUACUAAGUAAAAAUUUAAAUGGACAGAGAUAGAAAUAUCCCAUCCAGCAACCAAUUUUAUGGAACAGUUUAUAAAAUUAUAUAUAUAGAGACAUCCAAUAAAACUCAGAUAAAACCAUA